AUGAGAGGGAAAUUGGUCAAAGAACGACUAGAGGAACUCGACCGUCUCAAAUGCGAGCUGUACGGCCUGGAAACAAGGCAGAACCACGGUGAUGGCCAAGCAACACCUUCCUCUAGUGCUGACAACCGCUCUAUCUCUUCCUUGAUGCCCACGCCACCAGACAAUUUUCUCCAGAUGAUUGAUAUCCAAGCCGUGCUGCCUCCCACGCCACGCAGCGGUGGCCCUAUUUCUCCAUUUUCCGUAGGCGAUGCCCAGGAUAGCACUGAAGAUCCCGCACGCUUAAGUUGCGGAGAGAUUCCACUACCAAACCUUCAGCCCAAAAACCUUCAGUCUGAUGCUGUUGAAUUCAGUCUAGAUGACUUCUCUAUCCCGGAGGCCAGGCCUAGCGCUAACCGAAAUCCUCAUCAAUCACACAGCCGAUCGCUUCUACAUCACGCAGUCAUCCUGAACGACGAAAAGAUGAUAUCUGUGUUACUAGAACACGGGGCCGAUGUUAGAUCACUGGACGGAGGUAGGCGCACGCCGCUCCAUCUCGCAGCGCUUCUGGGGCACGAGAAGGCAGCGCGUUUGCUUUUGCAACAUGGCGCGGCGGUAACAAUCUCGUCAGCGGACGAAGCUGGGUUAAAUCCCAUACACCUCGCUAUUCAGAACCGGCAUGCAUCGAUAGUAGGGAUCCUGGCUGAAUUUGGGGCGGAUGUCAACUUGCAAUUCUAG